AUAUCAGGCAUCCAGAAGAGCUCUCCCUUUUGAGGAAACCCAGAGAUCCGUCAAAGAAAAAAAAGAAGAAGUUGGAUGAGCAAUGUGAAGACGACGCCUUCGAGCUGGAGGGUCCACUGAUCACGCCGGGGUCCGGAAACAUAUAUUCGAGCCCAGGACUUUAUAGCAAAACGAUGACACCGACCUACGACGCUCACGACGGCAGUCCCCUGUCACCCACUUCAGCCUGGUUCGGUGACAGCGCCUUGUCGGAGGGGAACCCGGGCAUCCUGGCCGUGAGCCAGCCCGUCACCUCCCCAGAGUCCUUAGCUAAAAUGUACAAGCCACAGGCGCUGCUCGAUAAAGCCAAAAUCAACCAAGGAUGGCUGGAUUCGUCCCGAUCCCUUAUGGAGCAGGAGGUGAAAGAAAAUGAAGCUUUGCUGCUCCGGUUCAAGUACUACAGCUUUUUUGACCUGAAUCCAAAGUACGAUGCGAUCAGGAUCAACCAGCUGUACGAGCAGUCCAAAUGGGCUAUUCUGCUGGAGGAGAUCGAGUGCACGGAGGAAGAAAUGAUGAUGUUUGCGGCACUGCAGUACCACAUCAAUAAGCUGUCCAUCAUGUCCUCGGAAAACCACCUGAACAACAGCGACAAGGAGGUGGAUGAGGUGGAUGCUGCGCUCUCGGAUCUGGAAAUUACUUUGGAGGGUGGCAAAACAUCGACGAUCCUGGGUGACAUCACUUCCAUCCCGGAGCUCGCCGACUACAUUAAAGUCUUCAAGCCCAAGAAGCUGACGUUGAAAGGCUACAAGCCAUAUUGGUGCACCUUCAAAGAUACCUCUAUCUCCUGCUACAAAAGCAAAGAGGAAUCCAACGGGACUCCUGCACACCAGAUGAACCUGAGAGGAUGUGAAGUUACCCCUGAUGUGAACAUCUCUGGUCAGAAGUUUAACAUCAAACUUCUGAUUCCGGUGGCGGAGGGAAUGAAUGAAAUCUGGCUUCGCUGCGAUAACGAGACGCAGUACGCCAGCUGGAUGGCCGCCUGCCGCCUGGCCUCCAAGGGCAAGACGAUGGCCGACAGCUCCUACGGCAUGGAAGUACAGAACAUCCUCUCCUUCCUGAAAAUGCAGCAUUUGAAUCCAGACCCACAGCUGAUCCCGGAACAAAUCAACACCGACAUUAACCCCGAGUGUCUGGUUUCUCCUCGCUACCUGAAAAAGUACAAGAACAAGCAGCCAGGCUAUGUAAGAGACUUGAUCACGGCACGCAUCCUGGAAGCCCACCAGAACGUUGCUCAGAUGAGUCUCAUCGAGGCGAAGAUGCGGUUUAUUCAAGCCUGGCAGUCGCUGCCGGAGUUCGGCAUCACGCACUUCAUCGCAAGGUUCCAGGGGGGCAAGAAGGAGGAGCUGAUCGGCAUCGCCUACAACCGGCUGAUACGGAUGGACGCGAGCACAGGCGACGCCGUCAAAACCUGGCGGUGCAGCAACAUGAAGCAGUUGAACGUGAACUGGGAGAUUAAAAUG